AACAUUUUAUCUGGGCCUGAUCCAAAACUCUACAAGCUUAUUCAGACACAUUAGGGUUUGUAGUCACAAUCUCUGGCUCUCAUUCUUUGUGUUCAGAUCAGAAUCAGAUCCGCUCUCUUUGUUUCUAAACAUGGCAACUCAGAUGAGUAAGAAGAGAAAGUUUGUUGCGGACGGAGUGUUCUUCGCCGAACUGAAUGAGGUCCUGACACGUGAGUUGGCGGAGGAUGGUUAUUCCGGUGUCGAGGUUAGGGUUACGCCUAUGCGCACCGAGAUCAUCAUCAGAGCCACCAGAACCCAAGCCGUUCUCGGUGAGAAGGGAAGGAGAAUUAGGGAACUGACCUCAGUGGUGCAGAAGAGGUUCAAGUUUCCUGAGAACAGUGUUGAGCUGUAUGCGGAAAAGGUGAACAACAGAGGUCUAUGUGCCAUUGCUCAGGCCGAAUCUCUUCGCUACAAGCUCCUCGGUGGUCUUGCUGUUCGCAGGUAUGUAUAAUUUUUAGCAAAUUUA